UAAAGCGUCCAGGAACGAAGAUAUGUGCACACCUAUUUGCAAUAGGCGUGAGGAUAUUCAGUUACUUGUGAGAUCUGAAUAGCACAUUAGACCUAUGGAUAUAGAAAAUGCCGUCAGCCAUUUCAGUUGAAUUUCCAUCCAGGUUUGUUUGACGAAAACUCUCCAAUAACUCAGGAACGCUUAAUCAAUUUGCUAUGCAUGGCAGCCACGUAAAAGAGACGAUAAAUAUCUAAAAGGACAAAGGCAGAUCAAAUUGUAAAAGUUGCACAGGCAGUUAAAAAUCCCAUAAGGGCCCUCUUACUGAAAAUACCAGCCGUAGAGUAACAGAACUUAGAGAAAACUAUCCUUGCGUCACAUAGGAAUGUCUUAUUUUGAUUAAAAAGGACGCGUUUGAAAUGUCUCCAACAGAAUUUAAUAAAAAACAAAAGCUGUCAACUGGCCCUCAGGAGGAGGCAGAAGAAUAUGCUCCGAAUAGUUAAUUCAUUUGUUAGCUGAAGACGACGGGUAAUGGGUGCUAGUGGAUAGAUAGUACCACACUUGACUUACGUUGCGUUGGGAUAGUCCUUGAAAUAUGUGUCGGUAGUUUUGUGAGUGCUUCGUUGUAAUAAAGGACGGAAUGGAAAACGUAUCAAGUGAUUUUCUCGUAUUUCUACAGAAUCUCAGCGAACGUAAUUUAGCGAAAAUAACAAGAAAAUGAAUAUGGGCUGUAGUUAAGUCUGUAGUACUUAGUGACUGAUGGAUAUAUUUACGAAGAAAGUGCAGUUAGAAGUUAGUAUAGUAUUCAGUAUACCGUCUGGCAGAUAUAUUUACGAAGUGCAGUGAAAAAGAAAAAAAAAAUAUUAACGUUUCUACUGACUGGUAUAUGUACGGAAAAAGUGUUGUUCAAAUGAAAAAUAUUCAAGACUGAAAUAUAUUUGCGAAGAGAAUGUAGUUAACUUGAAAAAAUAUCAACAUUUCGACUGACAGAUAUAUUUACAAAGAGAGUGCUGUUAAAAUGAAGUAUAUUCAACAUAUCGUCUGACAGAUAUUUUUAAGAAGAUAGUGCAGUUAACAUGAAAUAUAUUUACGAGGAAAGUGUAGUUAAAAUGAAAUAUAUUUAAAAUGUUUUCGACUGACAGAUCUAUUUACGAAGAGAGUGCAGUUGAAAUGAAGUAGUACAAUAAACAUAUCGCUUAGCAGAUAAUUCUAAGAAACUAUUAAUUCGUUUUGAAAACUUUGAAUUGUAAAAGUAAAACGUAAAAGGAUUCUUUAUUCCCUAAUAAACUAUUUAACGACGUAGAAUAAUGACUAUUCAUUUUAAAAAUACACAUUUGAGAUAGGUUUGAAAACUAUGGCGUUUUGAACUGUACCUAGGUCUAAAUGGAUAAAACUCUAGUGUUAUUGAUAAGGGGAAAACAGUGAUUAUUAUUUUUGCUUGUUGCACAUUGUUUUUGCAACGUGUUUUAGAUACUGGAUCAUAUAUAGACAAAGUAUGACUUGGAAAAUGAAACUUCUUUGUGAAGUUUAUGUUGCUUCGUUCUGUUAGACCCAUGCCUAAUUAAGAGCAUAAUUUCAGAAGCUGAGAUAGAGUCUUCUUCUUGACGCAUCUUUCACAAGAGAGACUCUAAACAGAAAUAAAAGUCCCCAUGUACAGUCAACAUGUUCAAGCGAGCCCGGGGGGAGAGUAUCUCCCUGGCUGGACCCCCAUGAAAACUCUGGAUGGCACGACUGACACCAGAUAUGCUGAGCAGAGCUCCACGGUAAUCCAACCACCACAGGAGAGGCGCAGGAAACACAGCGUCUACAGCAACCCCUAUCCUGGGCAGAUUGACAAAGACCUCGCGAUGAAACAUGUUCUAGCGAGUGACGUCAUGGAGAGGAAGCCCGCCCCACCAGGGACCAAAUCCACCAUAAACGGCAUCCUACUGCAUCCUGGUCUGCUGGCCAAACACGGCCUAGAAGACGAUAUUGCGGAGCGAGAGAGCGUUGCCUCGGACACAAGAACGAAGAAGAACAGCCUUCUGAGUGUGUCAUCAGAUUCGAGGUCCAAACGGAGUAGCAUUCUGAGUGUUUCGUCAGAGCCGAGGUGUAAGAAACUUAGCACGGUCAGCAUGCCCCCAGAGCUGAGGCGUAAGAAAAGCAGCAUCAUCAAUGUGCCCAUGGAGACAAGGUUUAAGAAAAACAGUGUUGUCAGUUUCUGUGGCCUGUUACCUAAAGACGAUGAAGAGGAGGUUAUUUUGGAGCAAGAAUACAAACAGUCUGAUCAGAGUUCCAAAAGUAGUGUUGUCAGCUAUGCAGGUGAUGCGGCCGAGAGAGAUAGCAGCUUGUCAGAUAAAAGGUUCAGAAAACGUAGUCGAGUGAGCUUGUCUAAUUUGUAUGAGGAAUUCACAGAAAAGGAAAAUAUUCGAUCAGGGCAGCAGUCCAAGAGAAGUAGCGUCAGUAGUCUUUCUGGUCUGUCGGCUAAAGAGGCCUUGGAAAAUGACCUUUUUGAUGACAGCACGUCAUUCCCGCACGUUCAUGAAAGGAACGGUUUUGUUCACUCUGUUGAUACAUUUACUGGUCCUCUUUACUCUCCUGGCCUACCACGCAAAGUUGAUGUUGAACAUGGCAUCAUGGUGAAGGACAGAACAUCUGAAAAGCGGUUGAAAAAGCACAGUACUGUUAGUUUUUCCGAUCUACCAGUCACUUACUCCAUAGAAAAUGACACGGCGGAGGAUACAGAAGACACAUCACCAAAGAUAAGGAGAAAGAAACAUAGCACAGUGAGCUUUUCAGGCAUACCACCAGACGACAAUGCAGGUGAGACUGCAACAGAGAAAAAUGGCGACUUGCCAGAACAGAGGACUAGAAAGAUCAGCACAGUUAGCUUCUCUGGAUUGUCAGAAAAAGAUUUGGAAAGUGAUGAGCUUGACGAGGAAGAUGCGGAGAACAGGAAGAACGCCUCCCCUAGGCCGAGGAAAAGGAGACUUAGCCCCAACAGCAACUACUCAGGUCUGCUCUCCAGAGAAGCAAGUGUCCAGUCACUGGAUACGCCUAAAUAUAGAACGGCAGUCAGAGCUAUCACUCUUGUCUUGCUUGGCAGCUUCAUGAUCGGCCUUUGCAGCCUCGGGUUCUACUCCCUCGUCGAGGCCAGAAGGAAAAGUACGAAGGGGGCCGAAGAACCCAACAGAAUCAACAGGAUACCACAGCUGUCGUUAAACCCGAGCGUCAAUUGGAGGAGUGCUGCUACUGCAGAAAACUGCCACACCGAUCCGCUGAACACCUGUCCUGAGUACUUCGAGGAGCCGCCCUUGGUGGUCAUAGCACUGGAUGGGCUGCGCCCCGACAUGCUGAACGCCCAGGAGACUCCUGCGCUCUCGUUCCUGCGCAAAUGCGGCGUCUCCGCUCGAAGCCUUGUGCCGGCUUAUCCUGCGCAGACUUUGCCGAACCUAUUCUCCAUUGCCACGGGAUUGUAUCCAGAGUUCCAUGGAAUUAUAGACAACUUCAUGUACGACUCCAUUCGUAACGAGAGCCUUGGUGUCACAGAAUUAGGACGAGAGAUUCCACAGUGGUUGGGCAGCCACCUGGGCGGCGAACCUAUCUGGAGCACAGCUAUGGGGCAGGGGAAGAAAUCAGCUGUUAAUUACUGGAUUGGAGAAGAGGUCUACAGUGACAGAGAGCAGCCAACUUACGAGUUCCCUUUUAGGGCCAACAAACCUCUGAGUGUGAGGACCAGGCAGAUUGUGGACUGGUUAACUUUGCCUCCUCAGGAGGUUCCAUACUUGACCAUGGUCUACUAUGAGCAGCCUAUGGCUUCCAUAGCUAAGUUUGGUCUGAAUUCCCAAGAGGCAAAGGACGCAAUCAAGGAAGUUGACAAACAGAUCGACAACCUGAUGUACGAGCUCCAAGCCCAAGGCUUACUUCACUGUGUGAACUUCCUGAUCGUAUCUGACCAUGGGGUGGCUGAAGACGACUGCAGUUACUUGUAUUUCGUAGAGACACUUCUGACAGACAGCGUGUCGCAGCGAGUUUCUCUUGAACUGGGAGGACGAUACAGACUCGAAGAACGAGAAGGUUCUGCACAAGACACUCCUCAGUCAGCACAGUGUAAGAGUCCCUGGGUCAAUGCUCCCUCUAAGCCCUCUAAGGAUCUACUGCCUGUAAGGUACCACUUCGCUGAAGACAAGAGAGUCGAAGAAACCCUCUUUAGCCCAAAGGCAGGAACAAGAGCUGUCACACAGGACGGAAGCAAUUGCAAUUAUGACAACAGCUACGAUAAUGUCAAUCCCGAUAUGCAGGCAAUCUUCAUAGGAUUCGGUCCUGACCUCAGAAUGAACUACACAACUCCCAGUUUCGGCAAUGUAGAACUGUACAACUUGAUGUGCAAGCUGCUAAGGAUUGAACCGGCCCCGAAUAAUGGAACAGAGGGAAGCCUGGAACAUAUGCUGUGUCAGCCCUCGACGACCGUCUCAACGAACGACAUCAAGAACAUACUGAAGGAGGAGACCCACCCCCCACCAAAGAAAACCCCAAGGAACAAGGAGUACAAAGAUGGCGUUCUCUACGACUCCCAAAUCGAGCCAGCUUGCGUGUGUGAUGCCAGGGACCCGGAGGAGAUGGGUGAGUUUUCGUCAACGGCUUCCCCAGUCACUACCAGCACAACUGAGGUUUCCGAAAUCCUUCCUAGCCAUAGGCCUAUGUUGCAUCCCACUGAACUGUACGCCAACGAUACAGAAUACAACAACGUUAAUAAUGACAGCUUUAGCUCUGUUGUCACUACAACCACAGUGCCCACGACUACAACAACAGCAACUACUUUUACAACCACGCCACAACCGCUUCCACCCACGACUACUUUGAGCUUGCAGGAAGUGCAGGCUCAUCUGUCCUUGCUACUCAACGAACACGCGCCUUGGGGAACUCCGGGAUACACUUCUUUGGAGGGCAACAGUGGGAAAGUACAGGUCCUUCUCCACUCUAAUUACGUCAUAGGUCUUCACGAAGCGAUUAACCUGGGUCUUUGGGUAAGCUUUACCUUCGAUAUCGAGACCAUCGCACUCGUCCAGAUAGACAGACUCAAAAUACUCGAGGAAGAGGAAGACCAACAGGGGUCUCAAAUAGACCCUCGCCCUCCACCCUGCUGGAGAGCUGACCCUCGGCUCAGUCGCUCCCUGGAAGAUCAGUGUCACAGGAUGUUAACUACAGAUCUCUACCAGAGGAAGAAUAUCUCGCUCAUACAGCUCUUCCCUGAAGAACUGGAAACGAGAGAAAUGAGCGAAGAGGAAGGUCACCUGCUGUCCAACAUGUCGCCUGUUCGGGCAGGGUACUUCGAGGCCCGCAGAGCCAUGAUCAAUGCCCUGGAAUACUGGGUCACCGAGAGGAUGGACCUCAACGUGAUUCAUGGCCCAGUCUUCAACCACAACUUCGACGGACACCGGGAUUCAGUCAGCAGUGUGUUGAAUGACUUGAAGCCCUUAGUCCCGAGUGAUUACUUCUACAUCGUGAGCUCCUGCCGGGGGAAGGAGAAGGUGGCCAGGUGCUCAGGAGACGACCUGGAUGUCCUGGCCUUUGUCUUCCCCAAUGUUGACCUUGAGGACUAUUGUCCUAUGAGUGACGCAGAGUACCUCCACUACCACCUCAGUAACGUCAGGGACGUCGAGCAGCUAACGGGCCUCCUCUUCUUCAGGAGCACCUACUGGAACUGGCAGGAGACGCUUAUGCUGAAGGCUAUGCAGCCCUUCGAAAUCUGGCCCUUGUCCGAUGAUGAGUCGACCGUAAAACGCUAGCGAAUCGUGACACUCAAAAAAAUCACUAUUGAUAUGGAAGUCUUGAUUGAUUGAUGGGUUUAUGAAUUCUAGGCUGUCAAGCCUAAGUAAAUGGCAAGGUAAAGGGAUACAGAAAAUAUAUGAGAUGCGGAACAAGGAGCUCCACGUGAAACUAGGAAACUAAGAAUAAUAGAGAGAUUGGACGACAAGCAACCAGGGACCAAAGGGACGCUACAAACACCUUUUAGUAAUGCCCACAGUACAUCGACUGAGGUGCACUGAUGGUAUUAACACCCCCUUACAGGGACUGUGGCAGUGAUAACAAACUCUAUUUUCAAGACGUUUUAUCUUUCACAAACUGUUGUCCUACAAAGAUGAUCAACAUAUACAAUAAACCCCUACAUACAGUACACUUACAUAUACAUGAUGUUGACAUUUAUCUGUGGUGUCAUUGUAUCUUAACAUUUUACAAAUGACACGACAGGAUUGAACUAAGAUGUGUAUUCCUUAUCAUGCAGGAGUCAACAAGACAAUAGGUUCAUAAUUCCUAUCAUUAUCAGCAUGAUUCAAGAUGUAGAAUUUCGCUUAUUAUAAAAAAAAUUCUUUGAAUUGCCCUUCAUUUCUGUGA